AUUCACACACUACGACACUUAAAAAACACUAAAAAGCAAUGAAAAAAUAACAUUAAAUCCUGUGAAGGAAAAGCAAACUCAACACUUUCUCCUUCACAGGCUCAUCCUAAACCUACCCUAUAUUUACUUACUGUGAACUUACUACUUAUGUAAUGGCUUCCAUCCCCAAGUUUUCUUAUCAAAGGCUGAAGAACGAAGAGUGUAGUUUUAAUGAAGCCGAAGAAGAAAAAGCAAUACAAUUCAAGCAGACCUCAAGGAAAUGGCAGAGGCCGAGGUUCAAGAGGUUCGCCAUUAGAAGCCGACCAAAGCUUCGAAUCCCUGGGUUAACAAGGUUCUUGAGAAAAAGAAGCAGGGUGUUGUCAAGGCUUAAGCUUUCAUGGAGGAAAGCUUUGAACAGGUUGAAGCAUGGGCAAGCUCAUAUGAACGAUUUGUUUGGUGGGAAUUUCUUGGUUCUACAAGUUAGCCAUACUCCGUUUACAACUGGGAAGAAGAAGCCAUUGUAGUUGAUCCAAAUCUCAGCAACAGAGAACAUUGUUCGGUGUCGAAGUUUUGUCCCUGAUUUUCGCGGAGAGCUAUGAUUCAUGGAGAAGGUGUCUUGGUUGAUGAAUAUCAAUACCUAUAAUACUCGAGAUAAGUGUUAGUAUUAAACGUACGAAUAAUAAUGCAGCUUGAGCUCAAGUGAUAUCAUGUUUGCAAACAAGUUACAUAUAAAAUUUCGAUGGAUGAUUUAAACUA